CUUCCCCAUCCCCCCCCAACUAUUUCAUCUCUCCACUGAUCAUUAUGGCCCCCUCUGGUACUCCAGUUCGCGCUGCUCUCGAGCCUGGUCACUUCCUGUUCACCUCGGAGUCGGUUGGUGAAGGUCAUCCUGAUAAAAUCUGUGACCAGGUUUCCGAUGCUAUCCUCGAUGCCUGCCUUGCGGAAGACCCCUCUUCCAAGGUCGCUUGCGAAACGGCGUCUAAAACUGGCAUGAUCAUGGUCUUUGGCGAGAUCACGACCAAAGCCAGACUCGAUUACCAGAAGGUCAUUCGUGACACCAUCAAACAGAUCGGUUACGACGAUUCCUCAAAGGGCUUCGACUACAAGACUUGCAACAUCCUCGUCGCCAUUGAACAACAGUCCCCUGAUAUUGCUCAGGGCCUGGACCAUGGAAACCUCGAGGAUCACGGUGCCGGUGAUCAGGGUAUCAUGUUCGGCUAUGCUACGGACGAGACCCCAGAGCUCAUGCCUCUCACCAUCGUGCUUGCACACAAGCUCAACGCGGCAAUGGCCGCUGCCCGUCGCAGCGGUGCUCUGUCAUGGCUCCGUCCCGACUCGAAGACCCAGGUCACUAUUGAGUACAAGAAGGAUGGCGGAGCCACCAUCCCCCUGCGCGUCGAUACUGUUGUCAUUUCCACCCAGCACGCUGAGGAGAUCUCCACCGAGGACCUCCGCAAGGAGAUACUUGAGAAGAUCAUCAAGCAAGUCAUUCCUGCCAACCUCUUGGACGACCGAACCAUCUACCAUAUUCAACCCUCUGGCCGAUUCGUCAUUGGUGGUCCUCAGGGUGACGCUGGAUUGACUGGUCGCAAGAUCAUCGUCGAUACCUACGGUGGAUGGGGUGCUCACGGAGGAGGAGCCUUCUCUGGCAAGGACUUCUCCAAGGUCGAUCGCUCGGCCGCCUACACUGCCCGUUGGAUUGCGAAAUCGUUGGUCUCUGCCGGCCUUGCGCGCCGUAUCCUUGUCCAACUUUCAUAUGCCAUUGGUGUUGCUGAGCCAUUGUCGAUCUACGUCGACACCUACGGCACGGGCAAGAGGUCUGAUGAGGAGCUAGUGAAAGUCAUUCGCAACAACUGGGAUCUUCGACCAGGUGUCAUUGUCCGUGAACUUGACCUCCAGAAGCCUCAAUACCUUAAGACGGCGUCGUACGGCCACUUCGGUAACCCCGACUACACCUGGGAGAAGCCCAAGCAGCUCAAGCUCUAAGCUGUUGCUGCUCUCUCUUUUCUUGGUCUUGGUCUAUCUGAUAUCCCAUCAUCAUGUUUCGGCUAGUAUCGGAAGUUCAUCCUUCUACCCAUUCAUUUCACGCACUGCAUCUCUUGAUACCAUUAUCGUCUCUCGCUCACCACCCUCAUCAUCACGCACCACAUUCCCCACGCUAUUACAUCGCUCUCUUGGAUUGUAGAAUCGGUGUCAAGACCGUUAUGACCCCAGUACUAAAACAAACAUAAUCUGUAGUUUUGAAGAAUAGACCGCGUUCAACCGCGUACUUACUUGUUUC